AUGUCCAGCACUGCCACUACCACUCUCACUGGGACCUUUUCGAAGCUCUCGGUACGCGCCUCUACCGAGCCAUUGAAUCCAACAGGCGCACUCGACAAAUACGACUUCGUUGACGUCACGCCCGUCAUCGGGCGCGAAUACCCGAAUGUGCAGUUGACCGAUCUGCUAAAUGCAGAGAAUGCAGACGAGCUGAUCAGAGAGCUGGCGAUAACCGUAUCACAGCGGAAUGUGGUAUUCUUCCGAAACCAGAACAUUGACAUUGAGCAGCAGAAGAAGGCAUGUCCACUAGGAAACAAGCUUGGCAUCCUAUCAGGUCGUCCGAAGGAGUCAGGGUUGCACAUUCAUCCGACUGUGACAACACAAGCGAAGGUUGACUCCGGUCCCGAGAUUCAUGUCAUCACCUCGGCGAAGAACAAGCGACUAGAACACCAGAAUGAUUUCGAUGUGUCACAGCUCGCAUCUAGGGAGUGGCACUCAGACAUCACGUUUGAGCCCGUGCCCUCAGACUUUGCUAUCCUGAAGAUCCAUACGCUGCCGGAGACUGGUGGUGACACUGUCUGGGCAAGUGGAUACGAGGCGUACGACCGCCUGAGCCCUGCGCUGGCAAAGCAUCUCGAAGGCCUGACGGCAAUUCAUGAGGCAUCGAAGUUCAAGCGUUAUGUCGAGUCACAUGGGAAGACGCUUUAUGAUGGCGAGCGGGGAAACCCAGAGAAUGUGGGAGCAGACUUGCGAGCUGUCCACCCCGUCAUCCGCACCAACCCUAUAACUGGCUGGAAGGCGCUGUUCGUCAACAAGAACUUCACUCGCCGGAUACUCGAGCUUACCAAGGACGAAUCUGAUGCUACGCUCGACUAUCUAUUCAAGUUGGUGAACGACAACCAUGAUUUGCAAGUUCGCUUCAAGUGGAACAAAAACGACGUUGCUAUCUGGGCCAAUUCUGCUACGUUCCACAACGUGACUCGUGACUACGACGACCUGCGGGAGGGUGACCGGGUGGUUUCACUCGGCGAGAGGCCAUACUAUGAUCCGAACUCCAAGUCACGACGGGAUGCACUCGGACAAAAGAAGCGCAUCUUCGGGUUUCAGGUUACCCAGUGA